AUGAAAGAAUUUAGUGCUAUGAUCGAUGGAGCCAUAGCCACUCUCUCUAGUGCCGUUGCUACUUGCUGUGGUUGGCCCGAGGAUGAUACGUCUUAUUAUGGUAAGCCGCCCUCGAGACCUGUUCGUAUACAACUCGACCUCGAACCUUACCCUGACUUUCACCCUUCUUCCCACACAGUUCCUGAAAAGUCUUUCGUUCCUGUAUACCAACAACCAUCCUUCACUCCCCCACUGUCGAGCAAACAACCGAUGAAGCAUAGGAGAGGUCCUUCGCCAACAUGGGAGCAGGCUCCAGGGAAGAGACAUGAUCAUGUCCGUACCGCUCUUUCCAUGAAAGAACGCUUCUUCUCCUCGAGCAAAUCAAAACCGCGCAGGCCGCAAAUAUCUGGUCCGACAGAUUUCCGCCAUCUGACUUCAGGUGCUCCUGUACCGUUGGAUUAUGAGGUCACCGAGGACUUCGAGACCACCCGCCAGCCCAGACAUCGCCAGAGGUCCUUUCGUCCUCUGGAGCUCAAUAUACAUAGUAAUGCAAAUGGUCGGUUGUCGUCCAUGCUGCCCUAUUUCGGCUAUGCCAGUCCGCCUGUCACCCCUCCCGGAAGGAUCAUGGUUCAAUCGAGCAGUAGCGAAGACAGCAUCACGCUGAAGCAUCAGCAGAGUUCGUCAACCAUGUCCUUUCGGAUCCCCCGCAAGCCCACUCCCCUUGGAUCAGUGUUCGACUCGCCAAGCACAGACAUGCUACCUCGUCCUGCACCAGCUCGCCUCAGGGCCCAGGCCUCUACCGAAGCCCCGGCUGCAGUCAUGGAUGAUCUCAUCGAGCGCGUGGCCACGGCAAUGAAGGAGCGGGAUCUCCUGCAAGAGCAGAUUGACGAUGCCAUUGAAAGGCAGACCCUCUACGUUAAGAGCAGGCCCUCGACUCCCGUCUUCAACAAUGCCAACAUGGAACCGAUGCCCCAGGUCCCGGUAUUGCCCCCGGACGCACCCUCUUUCAGUGAGAGGAUAUCAAUCGAUCAUCCCCGUACUGCUCCAGUAAGGAAACCGAUGGUUGCUCCUACGCCUCCGCCCAAAUCUCUUUCUCGAGAUCAGCCAGUCCACGGGCUCUCGCUGAGAAGGGUUAUCACGCCACCGCCCAAGUCCGCGGCACGUCCACGGGCACAGGGACAGCUCCGUCAGCCCCAAUCAUUACUUUCACGCCAGGUUGGCGACCAGCUGCCGCCACCGCCCUUGAGAAAGAAGAAGUCCUUUUCGAGGGUCUCGACCUGGCUAGGCUUCCCGGCCGACGUCAACGACAAGGCAGUGUUUGGAUCGGUGCGCGAGAGGUCACGGGACAGAUCUCUGCCCGUCUUGCGCCAGGGGGGCUUCUACGAGGUUCGCUCGGCACCACCGCGCAAGUCGAGCUUUGGAUCUGAUGAUACAGUCAGCGACUGGACCUCUGAUGCCGAGGAGGAGUUUGACGGACAGACCCUGCCUACGACCUGCAGCCCCAGCAGCAGCGGCGCCGCCACCAUCCGGGCCGUAGACCAUCCUGUCGUCCUCGGCCAGGCGCCGUGGCGACAGAGCGUCGUCGGAGUUGCCUUUUAA